AUGGCCCUGACCCAGUCAGCCCAGGGAGGAGGAGCCAGCGCAGCCCAUCCCUCCUCCCGCAGCACAGCAAUGGGGCCAUCCAACAAUAUUAUCACAUUGCUCAACUCUGCAGCAGAAAACCAGCUGGGUUCAUAUGAAACCUCUCAGAGAGGCUCAACUGAGAAAAAUGGCUGCUCCAUGAGCUCUGGUGAAAAGAAUGUAACCAACACUUUUUGUUUGCCUGACUGCCAAUGCCAAGAAGGACCGUUGUUGGCAUCCCUUGAUGAUUCAUCCAUCUCACCAUCUGCAGAGUAUGCAUCAUUGCGUAAUGUAUCCAACAUAUUGUCCGCACACACCCUGCCAGAUGUAUGUGAAAAAAAUACGGAGAAUUUGGGGCAUCCAUGCCUUGGCAAGACUUUCACACUGCCUGACAACCGUGAGCUCCCCAGUGAGGGAGACAAUUUGAUGAUGACUACGUCUCCUGUGAUCGGGCCAUUUGAAAAUCAGAGUUGUCUUCAGAUGACUAUUUUAUGCGAAGAAUCACCAGCUCAUAAAUCAUUGGCAAGUGUUAAUUCAGAACCAUCUGUGUAUGUCCAUGGCACUUUCACACAGGAAAAAUGUAUUGACUUUGAACCUGUGGUGUCAACUAUACGGGACAUGGAUCUGACUUCCACACCAGUACUAAACGCUGGAGAAAAAAUGCUUCCUCACUUAAAAUCUUCUCGGACUGAAAAUGCAUGCAGCCCAAUAUUUUUCCCUAAAAAACAACAGAAAACCUCUGCCACUCUAUCUAAAAAUUGUGUAGUGGGACCCUCUCAAUAUGCCCAAAAAAAUAGUAAAAUAGAGAUGAAUUGUUCCAAGUCUGAAUUGAGGAACGCAGUAUCUAAAGUUGUGACAAGAACUGCGAAUGACAAAAUUGUGUCAGCAUCCUCUUCAAAGCAUAAAGAACAACAAACAAAUGCCCAUAGUAAAUGCGUAGAACGUGUUCGAGGAGCUAAAAUGAUUAGUCCAAGUAAAGUAAGGAAUAGCAGUGCUUUUCUGUCUGUGACUAAUAAAAAGGAAAACAAUGCUCAGAGACGGGUAAAUCCAAGUGGUACGCCAUUGGUAUGCAUUUUCACUGCAGGAAUUAAAUCUCCUCUUAUACCACAGUGCAGUAAAACCAGCACAGAGACUGAGCAAACCACUCCAUGCCAAGCAACAGGCUCACCAGCUCAGGGUGCUGGCAACCAAACUUUCUGCUCCUCAUUUCUUGAACCCCCUACUGAUAAGAGUGUCCAAAAAGAUCAGAAACAAACUCCAAAGAAGACUGCAGCAAACAAAAUUGAGGUCAAGUCACUUUCAGUUCUGCGUCAGGGCAAGACACAGCCUCGGUGUUCAACAGAAUGUUUGCUUUCCUCGCCACGGCCACCCAAGGAAAGGAAAACAAUUCCUACUUUUUCAACUGCUGUUAAUAUUCCAAGACAUGAGAAACAAACAAAACUAACAACCACAAAAAACUCUUCCCAGAGUAAACUCGCUUUGGAGAGUGAAGACCCAAGAGAGGUCACUAAGAUCGGCCUAGUGGCAGUAUCUGACAAGAAAGGAACAGCCUCUUUGGAAAACUGCAGAACCCCACAACAGACAUUCCCAAACAAACCACAAGGACGAUUUCUUGCUCAAACUUCCGUUGGAAGUCCUAGGACUGCUACUCAGCCCAUCAGGCAGCGACCAAGAAUGAAUUUGGGGGCUGACAACAGGGUGUCGAGAGGUGUUGGAACACCACCUUCUAACCAGAAUGGCACUGCAGCUACGCCACCAUCUAAACUACCUCGCAAGAUCCUGGUGUUAUCCAGGAGUGGAAACGGUGGACGCAUUCACAGUGAAGGUGCAGCAAUUGUACCCACGAGAAGCCCAACAUCUACAAAAACCAACAAAGGAGCUCCUACUCAGGUUUCUUUAAAAAGAACGCAGUCAUCCAGACGUGCUCCUUUAACACCAAUUAAGCCAGUAGACAAGAACAAGCCCAAGACCUCUUCCUGGCAACAACUGCCAUCAUCCCCUUCCAAACAGAAUCAUGGAGCUCCAGAUGUGGUGCCACCCUGUCUCCCUGAGAAUGACAGAAAUGACCAGAGGAUACAAAAUCUUGGAAAACUUCUUGCAGCCUCUAACUGCAGAUUUGAAGCUGUUGCUAUUGUCCUGCAGCAAACACUAGCUGAGCGUGAUGAAGAAGCAGGGCAGUGCAGAGAACUCUCCCAGGAGUUGGUCAACCUACGAGGAGAGCUGGUGAGCUCAGUGAAUUCAUCCCAACGUCUGGAAAAAGAAAAGCAGGACUUGCAAGAUGCUCUGGACAGUGCAAUGCAGAGAAUGCAGGAGCAGUACCAGAAGGACAUGGAAGAGAUGGAGCAGAAACUGCAGCUCUUCUACCAGGCUGAGUUUUACAAGCUUCAGUUCAUCUACCAGAAGGAGGCAGACGAGAGCAAAGCUGUACUACAGAAGCAGAUCGACCAACUCCAAGUUAGUCAGGACACCAUUAAAAUGGAAUUGCAGCACAGCCAUGAAGAACAGAUGCAAUCUGUCCAACAACAACAUGAUCAGUCAAUGGAAGAGCUCAGGAAAAGCUUCACUCAGCAGCUGGAGUCUUCUUAUGAAAGUUUCAAGAAAGCUGAUGACGCACUCAAGGCACAGGUUCAAGUGCUGGCUCAGGAAAAUGCUGACCUGAUGAAGAAACAAAACCUAGCUGAGAGUCCGGACUCUCAUACUGUGUAUCUGGAGCAGGAGUUGGAAAGCCUGAAGGUCGUACUGGAUAUAAAAAACAAACAAAUCCACGAACAGAAAACGAUGAUGAUAGAAAUUGACAAACUGCUUGAGAAAAAUGUGAAGUUAGAUGAGAGCCUUAAGAAAGUCCAGCAGGAGAAUGAGGACCUUAAGGCUCGCAUGGAAAGAUAUGCUGCUCUCUCAAGGCAGUGGUCUACAGAGAAUACCAUGCUGCAGGAAUCCCUCCAGAAGGAGUCAAAUGUUAACAAGCGUUUGUCAAUGGAGAUUGAAGAGUUGCUUUGGAAACUCCACAACGGCGAAGCGGGAAGUCCCCAGAAGUUGUCUCAUAGCUCCGACACCUGCUCAGUCUUCCCGCUCAACCCCAGAUAA